AUGGAGAAGACAGAAAAGUACAAGACUAUAGUGGUGAGCAAGCUCUUUGCCGAGACGGAGACACCCUUCACUAAACAAGUAAUUGAUCACCCGCUCCCCAAUAAAUUUAAGACACCUCAGAUCCCAAGCUACAGUGGAGUCGGAGAUCUAAUCGAGCACCUAGAGAAUUACAGGAUGCACCUAACGUUGCAUGUCAUACCCGACGAAAUUGCGUGCAAAGCUUUCCCAACUACGCUCUCCGAAAAUCCUAGGGAAUGGUUUCGAAGCCUGACACCCAAUUCUGUGGGUACCUUCGAAGAUUUGGCUCGAAUCUUCCUUACUCACUUCCUGGGUUCCAGAGAAAGAAAGAAGCCUUCUGAGUAUCUACUGAUGCUCCACCAGCGAGAGGGGGAGAGUUUGAAGGAGUUCAUGAUUCGUUUCAACGCUGAAAAAUUAAAGGUAGAGGAUCCCACCAAGGGCGUAAUCUUCUCCGCCAUCCACAAUGGUAUCUCAUUUGAGGAGUUAGUAGCGAGGAAAAUCGCGAGAAGACAACCGAACGACCUCCAGGAGCUGUUACAUGAGGUGGAGGAAUUUAUUAACGAGGAAGAAACCUUGAAAGCAAUGAGGUCAGCUCGGAAGACUCCCAAGAAAUUGGAAGAGAAGAAAAUGAGGGAUCAUUCAGGGACUCGACGCUCUGAAACCCUUCAAGAAGAAGUUCAACAAUUACAAUUUCACUCCGCUCAACGCCAACAUUUUCGAGGUCUUGAUGGAAAUAAAAAAAGAUCUGGAAUAUCGAAGACCUCCCGGGGCUCCACAAAAUCAGAACUCAGAUCACUAUUGUAUCCUCGAGAGGAGAGAGCAAGACAGGAAGAGCCUAGAAGAAGGCUUGCCCGCUUAACCAGUGAGCCGCAUAAUCGAGCAAACAUUCUGGAAAUCCACACCAUAGUUGGCAGAUUUGCUGAGGGGUCCCGGAGGAGUGAGAUAGUGAUUGGAUUCUCGGAUGCAGACUACGUGGGUAUAUCGUACCCACAAAUAGAUGCCCUGGUUGUCACCCUAAUAGUGGCAAACCAUAAUGUCCAUCGCAUCUUGGUGGAUAAUGAGAGCUUGGCAAACAUUUUAUAUUGGUUUGCAUUUAAGAAGUUGAAUCUGGGGCAGGAGAAAAUCGUCCCAACCAGUUGUCCUUUGAUGGGAUUCAUAGGGGAACAAGUGCAACCGGUCAUAUCAAUUGAAUUACCGAUCACGGCUGGAUCAUAUCCAAGGAACGCAAUGGUGAUGAUACAUUUUCUAUUGGUCAACCGACCAUCAGCCUAUAAUGCUAUCAUCGGGAGGACGGCUCUCAAUGAACUAAGAGCCAUCACAUCAACUCCGCAUCUCAAGAUGAAGUUCUCGACGGAUCACGGAGUUGGAGAAGUAAGGGGCAAUUAG